AUGAUCAAAUUAGCCAUCCUUCUUGUGUCCAUAUUCUUGGGCCUUUUUGCCUCUACAAAGUCAAUCUCUUUUGAAUGUCGAUUCAUAUCUGGUUCAUGGGGCGCCGAAUUAGGAACAAUUUAUUACUGCCAAGUACAGAACUCUGUCACUAUAACUUCACUUGAUGCAGUAGAAAUCGAUGACAUUUCCGGAUAUCAUGAAACUGGAUACAACAACGAUAAAGUCAAUGCCUUUCACAUUGUUAAUAAAGGCAAAAUUCAUUUUUUUCCACGUGGCUUAAUCAGAUUUUUUAAGAACCUUAAAGCCAUUCAAAUUCGCAAUACUGGACUAAAGGAGAUCCAUCAAAGUGACUUGAAAGUUUUUUUAAACUUAAAAGCCAUUUUCUUGCAAGUAAGUCAACUGGAAGUCCUUGAAAAGGAUUUAUUUAAAUUUAAUCAUAAUUUAGAAAUGAUUUAUUUGAAUAAAAACAAAAUCUCGCAUAUCGACCCGAAUCUAUUUGACAGUCUGACUAAAUUAAGACAUUUGGCAUUAGAGUUUAAUAUGUGUACAACCACAGCUGGCUAUAAUGCAACAGAACUUCAAAAUGCUAUCAAAAUAGUCAAGGAUAAAUGUGAAAAUUCAGACUAUCCAAAAAUGGAGAAAAAAGUCAAAAAUCUCGAAAUUGAGGCAAACCAUUCAACUUUUCAAAACGUUGCUAAAAAACUUGAAAAACUGGAAAUUGAGGUUCAAAAUUCUAAAUUUUCCAACACUUUCCAUCGACGUCUUCAAGACUUAAAAGCUGUCCAGACACGAUCUGAAGUUAUAACAACAACAACAACUUAUGAAGAAAUUUCUACAACUGAAGCCAUAAAGUGUCCCCAAUUAGAGGUUUGUUCAGCCUUAGAAUCAAAAAUCAACCAUUUUGAAACAAUUUUAAAGGACAUGAAUUUAAGAACCAGCAACACUGAUCAGAAAAUCGCAGCAAUGGACGAAAGAAACUCAAAAUUUAUUAAAGAAAUGACCACAACUUUAAAGGAUGUUAAAGCCACAAAUGAUCAACAUUUCGUCACAAUCAUGAGAUUUAUUGUGAACUUCGAGAAGAAAUUGGAAGCGAUUUAUGAAAACUUGGCUGGCAUUGACAUUAUUCAGGAAAAGUUGAUCAACAAGAUCAACAAAAUUGAGCCAGAACAAGUGUAA